AACAGAAGCUUCUGAAGUCUUGAGCCAAUAGACUGCAUCAAGAUGUGGAAAAAGGCGAAAAUGUCUGAUCCAACUGCUGCCGGGCAAGGUGGACUGAUUCUACCUUCCAAGAGACAAGGCAUCAAAAGGAGAUCUAAGGUUCCUGGUGUAAUGAUUACACAGUACAUUGAGGAACUUCCUGAGGGGAAAACUACUCCAGACUUCACACGUAAACCCAUCGCUUUAACAAUUCAAGAAGGAAAGCUAGCCAUUUUAAAAGCCAAAGUGAUUGGAGACCCAACGCCUAUUGUAACCUGGCGUAGAGCCAAAGGAGAAAUGAAUGAUUCUCAAAGGUUUCAGAUCAAAUAUGACCCUGCGAUUGAUGAACAUACUUUGGAGAUACCCAAAGUAAGUGGCGCUGAAGCUGAUAUUUACAAAUGCUAUGCCACAAAUGAAUAUGGAAAGGCUGUUUGCACUGUUGUCCUAAAUGUCAUUGAAGUUGGAUUCAAAAGGGACAAAGAAAUGCAGAAAUCUGAAGCAGCUACAUCAGAUGACCCAGCAGAGUUUAGAAAAAAGCUCAGGAGAGGUGCUGGGAAAAAAGAGGAGAAAAAAGGUGAAAUCGACGAUGCAGUAUGGGAACUGUUGAUGAGUGCUGAAAAGAAAGACUAUGAAAGUAUUUGCGCUAAGUAUGGUAUCACUAAUUUCCGUGGCAUGCUGACAAAACUGGUCGAGAUGAAGAAGGAAAGAGAAGUGGAGCAGGCAAAGUUCAUCGAACAACUUAGCAAUCUGAAACCAAUUGAGGUGAAACCUGAAGGUGAUGCCACAUUUGAACUGGAAAUGGAACUCAAAGACCCCACCAGUCGCAUUUUUCUCUACAAGGAUGGUGUCAUGAUUCCAUUCAGCAAAGAAUCUGAACUUGAAUCGAAGCACUGUUUGAAACAAGUCGGAAAAAAGUACAUCUUCAGUGUUAAAAAUCUCAGUCCUGAUGAUGCUGGGAUUUAUCAAGUGGACGUUGAGGGUGUCAAUAUCUUUUCCACAGAUUUCAAGAUUCCCCCAGUGGACUUCGCACUAAAGACUCAGGAGGUGAAGGCCCAGGAGAGAGAGGACGCCCUCUUUGAGUGUGUUUUAACUCAGCCCAUUAAUGAGAUUGUUUGGACCCUAAAGAACACCCCACUCUCUAACAAUGAUAAAUAUGAGAUUACUUCUUCAGAGGAUAAACUGGUCCACCGGCUGAAAAUCAUUGAUUGCAUGCUAGUGGAUACAGGAAUUUAUACUGCUCUCGCCGGCAUUAAGUCUAGCAGUGCUUGGCUGAUUGUAGAAGCUGACAAUGAUCCUGCAUCAAAGGGCAAGAAGAAGGCCCGUAAAACCACUCUGGCCGGUGGUGGUGCUGAUUUAGAAAAGAUUGCUGCAGAGCAGGCAGAAAAGCACAAGAAGGAGAUUGAAGAAGCACUGGAGGUUGCUAAAAAGCUCCAGGCUGAACGAGAAGCAGCAGAGGCUGAAGCCAGAGCUGCAGCCGAAGCCGAAGCAGCAAGAGCAGCCGUGGCCAAAGCUGCUGCUAAAGCUGCAGAGGAUGCUCUUGCAGCAGCUAAAGCCAAAGGUUUUACUGAGGCAGAUGCUAAAGCUGCAGCAAAUGCAGCAGCACAGGCUGCAGCAGCUAAAGCCAAAGCAGAUGCUGAGGAGGAGGCCAGGAAGAAGGCAGAACUUAAGGCCAUAAGGGAUGGCCUGAGUCCAGCGCAAGCUGCUGCAGCAGGUGCCGCGGCAGCUGCUGCACUGGCUGCUCAAACUGCUGCUGCAGCUGGAGGUGACGGUUCAGCAGCUGGAGGAGCGGCAUGGGCUGUAGCAGCUACUGGUGAGAAAGGAGCUGCAGGAGAAACAGGGGUUGGAGGAGCUGGAGGAGAUAGAGGAACGGAUGGGGCUGGAGGAGCUGGAGGAGUUGGAGGAGCGGAUAGGGCUGGAGGAGCUGGAGGAGCUGGAGGAGCGGAUGGGGCUGGAGGAGCUGGAGGAGCUGGAGGAGCUGGAGGAGCGGAUGGGGCUGGAGGAGCUGGAGGAGCUGGAGGAGCUGGAGGAGCGGAUGGGGCUGGAGGAGCUGGAGGAGCUGGAGGAGCGGAUGGGGCUGGAGGAGCUGGAGGGGCUGGAGGAGCCGGAAGAGCCGGAGCUAAUGGUUCAGGAGGAAGCGGUGGAGAUGGGGAUGGAGGUGAAGAUGGAGGCAAGAAGCGUCAAAGAGCAGGACCUCUUGUGCCCGAGACUGUCAUAGAUCCUGGUGUUCAUUUUGCUGCUGGCCUGGAAGACUGCAGAGCUAUUAUGGGAGAGGCUGCUGAACUGGUCUGCAAACUUAGCAAGGCUGACUGUGAGGGUGUCUGGUAUAAAGAUUGCAUUGAGAUUACUCCCUCCACUGAGGGUAUGACAAUCACCAAAGACGGAGUUGUUCAUAAACUGAAAAUCGACAAAGUCACUGAAGAAUUUGCCGGAAAAUAUCGAUUUGAGGCUGAUGGACGUAAAACAGAAUGUGUGAUUGCUGUUGAAGAUCCACCAAGAUUUAAUCCCAAAGAUGUUGAAGAAUUUGCGAAACCUGUUGUGAUCAAACACAAUCACAAAGCUGUCUUCAAAAUACCAUUUGUUGGUCAUGAGCCAUGCAAAGUUCAGUGGUACAAAGAUGGUGAGGAGAUUAUGCCGGACACUAACUGCAAGAUUGAGAUUUCAGAGGGUGAAAGCCGUCUGCUUCUUAACAAAUUGCAGCGUAAAGACUCCGGAGAGAUAAAGAUCAAAAUAAAAAAUGAGUAUGGCACAGCUGAAGUCCUUUCUAACCUAGUUGUACUUGAUAAACCAACCCCUCCACUUGGACCUCUUGAGAUUGUUGAAGCAUCUUCUAACUGCAUUGAGAUCAAGUGGAGGCAACCAAAAGAUGAUGGUGGUUGCCCCAUUAAAAAUUACAUUCUUGAGCGCAAUCAAAUUGGACGCAACACAUGGAAGAAGAUAGGCCAGAUCCCAGGAGAAGCCUACUACAAAGACUCUGAUGUUGACCAUGGUAGGAAAUACUGCUACCGUAUCAGAGCCCAGACUGAAGAGGGUAUCAGUGAAUUGAUGGAGACUGAGGAUGUUCAGGCUGGCACUAAAGCAUAUCCUGGUCCGGUAUCUGCUCCUAAAAUAGCCAGUGCCUUCAAGGACUGCAUAAACUUGACAUGGACUCAACCAACUAACACUGGAGGAACCAAUAUUUUGGGUUAUAACUUGGAGAAACGCAAGAAGGGCAGCAACUUGUGGGGUCUAGUCAAUCCACUAGAGGAACCAAUCAAAACAAAGAAAUAUGCUGUAAAAGAUGUAGUUGAAGGAAUGGAAUACGAGUUCCGUGUGUCGGCCAUCAACAUAUCUGGAGCUGGUGAACCCAGUGUACCUUCUGAAUUUGUGUUUGCAAGGGAUCCAAAAAAACCCCCUGGUAAAGUCAAAGACCUCAAAGUGACAGAUUCCACCUACACCACCUUGUCCUUGUCUUGGACUAAACCAAAAGAAGAUCCAGGUGUUCAAGAUGAGGCAAAGGGAUACUUUGUUGAUGUCAGGCCAGCUGAGAACACCGAAUGGGAUCGAUGCAACACAAAUGCUAUCAUUAUGACCACAUUCACUGUAAAGGGAAUGAAAUCAAUGGGCAUGUAUUGGGUUAGAGUGAUCGCUGUCAAUGAAGGUGGAGAGGGUGAGCCACAGGAGCUGGAUAACUAUGUCUUGGCUAUGCCUCCUCCAGUGAGACCAAGAUUCACAGAUGCUAACAUAACGAGUUUCAUGGUGGUCAGAGCUGGAAAUUCUGCACGAUUCAGCAUCAACUUUGAGGCUUCCCCAUGGCCAGAUAUCACCUGGCUUAAAGAUGGUGUCCCUGUCUCUAAACGUGUCACUGUCAGCAAUGCUGAAGGAGGAUCUCAGAUUCUGAUCCCCUCUUCUGAGCGUUCUGAUUCAGGAAUAUAUACCAUCAUUAUAAAGAACGUUGUGGGUCAAGAGACCUUUAGUAUUGAGAUUAGAGUUACAGAUGAGCCAAAGCCCCCAGGUCCUGCGGAGUUAGAUGAAAAUGUGCCGGGCACUGUGACAGUUUCCUGGGAUCCAUCCCCAGAUGAAAAACGUGAUGAUCGCCUGCAUUACAUGGUGACCAAGAGGGACUCCAGCAAGAGGACUUGGCACACAAUAGGAGACCGCAUCUUUAACAACCGCUUCACAGCCUGUAACAUCAUGCCAGGGAGAGAAUACCAGUUCCGAGUCUACUCCAAAAAUGACAUUGGCUUGUCUGUCCCCUCUGAGUCACCAAAGUGGCUAAUUACAUGCAAGAAAGAAAAAUUCACAUUGACCAUCCCAGAGUCUAAGACCUGCAACUUGGAGAGGUCUCCAAAGUUUUUGAUCCCACUAAAAAUCCAUUCAGCACCGCAAGGUUAUGAAUGCUACAUGACCUGUGCCGUGAAAGGAAAUCCCACACCCCGUGUUACCUGGUACCGUGACAAUGUCAGUCUCAACACCAACAUUAACUACCACAUCACCAACACCUGUGGAGUUUGUUCCCUGCUCAUUCUCAGGGUUGGACUUAAAGACAUGGGAGAAUACAAAAUCAUUGCCGAGAACCCGUUAGGAAGAGCAGAGUGCUCCACCACUCUCACAGUUAGAGGUAAGGGUUUAAGCAAUGAAUUCAUCACACUGCCCUGUUGAAAAGACCAGCUUUGC